GUUUAGUAUUGAAGGACUUUGGAUAAAUCAAGUGUCGGCAUUUGAGACUUAAAAUGGCCAGCGGUAGAAUAUCAAAGAACCUAUUUCUAAUUGAUUGGCUCUUUUCGUGACCAAGUUAAACCAAGACAGGGUGAAGUUUGUGACCUAAAAUGACCUGCGUUAAACAUCAAAGGACUAAAGAAGAGUUUGAAUCAUGGAAUGCGGAAAAUUGGAACCGGUCUGAGGAAGAGCGUGAAGCACGGAUUAAAGAAGAGCAUCGAGCAUGGAAAGCGGAAAAGUUGAACCGGAAUAAAGAAGAGAUUCGAACAUGGAAUGCGGAAAAUUGGAACCGGCCGGAGGAAGAGCGUGAAGCGCGGAUAAACGGAGAGCUUAAACGACUGGGCGAAGGACUGGGUAGUGCGAAGGAUGACAAAUAUCGAGCAAAGGACGGUGUUGACGACAUUGAAUAUAAGAAGUCUGUUCCGGAUGAUUUACGAACGGCGACAUUUGCUGAAGAACCUGAAAAUGUGAACCAAUUUGACGAGCCCAAUGCAAUAGGCAAUCGCGAAACGGCAAGUUUAAAAUUGUCGAAACCAGAAAUAGCAGAGAAAAAGUGUAUGUUACAGGUAAAUACCACUGGGAAGAAUGCCUUGCAAGUCUCGGAUAACAAAAUACAGACGCCGCAUAUGGACACACACGAACAACCUGACAAAAAAUACAAUGAACGUUUAAAACAAUCGGGAACGAAAGGAACUGAUGUUGAAAUACCCAUAGAAAAAGAAGAAGAUGCGAUGAGCAUACCUGAAAAGACUGAAAACUCAGGAAGAGGGGUUAUUGAGCUGGACUGGGAGACAAAGUUGAAAGAAAGCGACUACAACGGGAUUGCCUACUUGCUACAAAAUGGAAUCAGUCCAACGAAUAACAGAAUAUUUAACGACGCUGUUGAAUUUCUACAUGAGCGAAAGGACGAUUUAAUAUCUCUAUGCCGCAUUAUAAGUAAACACAUACUGUUGAACAUUCGACAUGCAAAGGUUAUAUAUCCGGCCAAAAGUCCAAAAAAUCAAAAAAUCUACUUUGUUGUACUUUCUACCUGCCCUAGUGAUCGAAAAUAUUUCGACGAAUUUCCAUUGAAAAUAAAGUAUGCAUACACAAAAAGUGAAGAAGAGCAAUAUAUUCGUCAACAGGAAAUGAAUGAAGCUUUGCAUUUUCAAUCAAAAGAGGACGAAAUAGGAAUAAUCAAUGUUAUAGGAAAAGCACGUAAACAGUUUUCGAAAAACCCGAACAUUUCACGUAUUUCUUACAGCUUUUACAAGUCGAAGCGUUUCGGAGAGGUUGAUAGAGAAAUUGAUUACAUAAAAAAAGGUUGCGUGGUCAUUUUCGUUUACUUAAAGAAGUGGAUUCCAAUAGGAAUGGACGCCUUCCCAAAAACAUUUGAAGGAUACAAUGUAGAUGUUCGCCAAGCUAUGAUGAUGAAAAGGCACUCUACAAAGAUUUCUUCGGACAAAAGCAUAAUUGGAAGCGGUACAAUCCAAGGAAACCUGAAAAGAAGAGGUACAAAUAACGACACGGAUACGUCUUAUGCUCUGACAGCGGCGCAUGCAGUUCUACCAGAUGAAACUUUGGCUAAAAUGCUCGAUAUCGAAACACCUUUCAUGCACAAAUCAGAUAAAAAUCUUGUUACGUCAGAUGUACAAAAAGGAGAAGUUGAGGCAGUGGCAUACCAAGGAAAGCCACAUAUUGACGUAGCAGCAAUCGCAUUGACAGCUCCUUUGGUGGAAAAAGAAAUUGUCUUUGACUGGAUGAAAUACGGAUUUCGAAGAAUAUUAAAGUUUCCCGAUAGCGGGAUUCAAUGCUGUCAUCCCAAAAUUGGAGAUGUUGUCUUGAAAUACGGAGAAACAACGGGACUAACAUUUGGACAUGUGCACGACAUUUCAGCUGAAAUAUACGAUGCCGGACAAACUUGCCUCAUAGAAAUAUGGCAUAUUGAUCCGAAAAGUGUUUUAGACUUCGCAGCAAAACGUCCUAGAAAUGAUGUUGAGGAGAAGAAGGACCAUCAGACGUUUUUUUCCGAUGUUGGUGAUUCUGGAGCUUUCGUUUAUGUGGUUAACCCAAACGCUUUACAAGAUAAAACUGACGAGAGAUUUUCCAAAAAUAAUGAUCUUGGGCUUGUGGGCAUGGUCACCUCAGAAGAGAACGGAUCAUAUUAUUCAACGUAUAUGGAAAAAAAUUUGCUUGGACUGAAGAACAGAUACGAAUUUUGUUAAUUGAAUGUAUCUAAUACUGGACGAUUGUGAAGUUGUUGCGAGUUUUCAGAACCUAGACAGGUUUCACUACUUUCCAUUACUAUAGGGUUCGUCAAUGUUGUUAUAUUUAAUCAGAUUUUUAUUUCUGUAGUUAUUUUGUAAUAUUUUUAAGUGCUCCUUCUCUAAUUGUGUUAUUUGACGCGGCCUGGAUUAUUACAACCUAGCUUAUUUGUCCUUACUAAUACUGUAUUUCACUGUGCUGUUUGUGGAGUUUGGUGUUGUUCUUCCAUGUUUCCUGUUUAUGAUCUUUUGUUUUUAUGUUCUAUUUCUUUGGCGUUUACCCAGUGCCAUUAAACCGGGUUUAUGUUUAAACUUUUUGCUGCUGAGCUUGUUUCUGUAGCUUUUAGCAUAAAUAUUGAAACGAUCUAUGUUUAAUAAGAUAUUGUUUUAUGGCACUAUGCUGUUAUAUUAUUCAGUGCUACUGCUUUUAUUGUGUUAUAUUUUUAAUGUUUUCUGUUUAUUAUCAUAAACAUUGUUUCCUUUGAAGUCUCCGGACAUAUUACAACCAAACUCGAUAUAAAUAAUUAUUUGAGCUUCUCUUUUAUCAAAGUCAACAUUAUUAACCUCGUCCUUUUUAAAAUGGAUUAUAAAACAAUCUGCAUUUAGAGAUGCGAUUUGU